CUUAAGUUUUAAAUCGCUAUAGAAUAAACCGCUUGUAUUUAAUCCGUUUUAAAAUACCACGCUAUUUACCCCGCUUUCCGAAUCGCUGUAUUUUUCGUUCCCAUUUAUCACUAUAAAUCGAUUUUAAUGUCGCUGAUCGUCCCCAUUUAAGACAUAAAUCGGUGUAUAAUGUAGGAUUUAAACCGGUUUCGUGGUUGUCAAUCAAAUGACCUAGUAGUGACGUAGUUUUUAACCGGGGUAAUUUAAAUCGAUGUAAGUCUCCAGUCGUUCCCAUUUGUCCGUCCGUUAGCAUUUCCCCUUGUGUUUUGCGCCUUUUUUUUGAAAGGACCAAUCAGGCUGCGAUUUUCUGAAACGUCAAAAGCUUUUGAGCCUUACAAGUUCUCCCGCUUCGCUCCACUGUUCUCCUCCUUCACACAGCCAUGGAUCCUCUAGGCGAGUUUCAUAAUUUUUUCUCUCUGAUUUGCUUGCUUUUGCAUCACUUGAUGGAGCAACGGGAAAUAAUCAUGUCCACAUUUGAAAAUGGAGAACAUGAUGAAGAUAUGCUUGCACAUCUUGAAGAUCUUAAUGGCAUGCUUCGUUUCUACUAUCAUAAUUCCCAAUUGAGCAUUCAGCCCAUGGCUAGAAGGUGGUGGAUUUACCCCAAAUCUGAUGUUCACUGGAAUGUUUUUGCCAGAACUGUCUGGUCUGAUGAGAUGUGGAAACGGACUUUCAGAAUGCCUCGCGCGAUUUUUAAUAUGCUUGUUAAGGAGCUGCGUCCUCAUCUUACCCGAAGAGACACAAGGCUACGUAAGGCAGUCCCUGUGGAAAAGCAAAUUGCCAUGGCCGUCAUGUACCUUGCCCAUAAAGGAUCUUAUGCAACAGUAGCUACAUUUUUUGGAGUGGGCAAGUCUACUGCUUACAGGGCAAUAAUUCAUGUCUUCCUUUGCAUGGGGACACAUCUACUCCGUAGAGCUGUCUACCUUGGAGACCACAGAAAGGUAAUGGCUGGUUUUGAGCGGCUAGGAUUUCCACAGGUGGUUGGGGCGAUAGACGGCUGUCAUAUUCCUAUAAUUGCACCUGCUCAUGAGGGCGCGCAGUACAUCAAACGGAAGCAAACGCAAUCCAUGAUUCUGCAGGCGACAUGUGAUCAUAACGGAAUUUUUUUGGACCUUUUCACCGGGUUCGCUGGGUCCAAUCACGAUACGUUCCUCCUGAAAGAAUCCCCCAUUUAUCAUGCACUGAAGGCUGGAAUUUAUGUACCCGGGCGUCCGACUGUGACUAUUGCUGGAAAAUGAGUUGGCCCAAUUCUGCUUGGAGACAGUGGUUACCCGAUAAAACCUUUCUUGCUGAUCCCUUUCAAGGUGGGACACAGCAAAAGGGAGGGGGUGUACAACAGAAGACUGUCAAAAGCACGUUGUAUCGUGGGGAGAAGCUUUGGGAGAUUGAAGUCGAGAUUUCGUGCCCUGCAGUGCGGGCUCGAUCUCACAGUGGAUAACUUACCAUCAGCAAUUCUUGCUGGUGGCAUUCUCCACAACAUUACUGAAACCAAUGGGGAGGUUCUAAAUGGGAGGAACACUUCUCCAGAGACAUUUGUUAUAGACCCACGACGUUACAUCAGUGAUGAUGAUGAGAGGAAAUUGGGGGAGGGAAUAAGAGAUGCCUUUGUGACAUAUUUUAAUUCAUAAAUUUUAUACUUAUGAAAUGGCUAUGAAAUACUGUCAUGGCUGGAAUAUGCGUCAAUGAAAAGUGUUUGUAUAUACUGUAUAUCAAUAAAUCAUUACAUCGAAUGUCAA